CAUUACUCUUCUCAACACUCCAGCACACGAUCCCGUAUACAUCAACAUGAAGCUGGUUCGUUUUCUUAUGAAGCUCAAUACCGAGACUGUUACAGUCGAGCUCAAAAACGGUACUAUUGUCCAUGGCACGGUCACAGGAGUGGAUAUGAGCAUGAACACACAUCUGAGGGCUGUGAAGAUGACGGUCAAGAAUAAGGACCCCGUCAGUCUAGACACAUUGAGCAUUCGUGGCAACAACAUCCGAUACUUUAUUCUUCCGGAUUCCCUGCCACUGGAUACAUUGUUGAUUGACGAUUCACCCAAGAGCAAAUCCAAAAAGAAAGCUGCAGCUGGACCGACUUCAUCGAGAGGACGAGGUCGUGGACGUGGAGGACCAAGGGGCGGUCGUGGCCGUGGCCGCGGUGGACGAUUCUAAGAGGAAUAUGCAACUAUAUAGUAGCGACGACUUGCAGUUGCGUGCCCAUAAUAUAAGAUUUUUCUUUUGCAC